CAGCCCCACAGAGCUGCUAAACUCAGGAGAAGAAGCAUGACGUCUCUGGUGUUUGUCCUUCUGCUGGUGUCUCAGACCUUCUCGUCGUCCCGACCACAGUGUCACCACUGUGAUCAAACGUCCUGCGACUGCUCGAGACAAAACCUGACUGAAAUCCCUGCAGCCCCGUCAAAGCUCAUCACAGAACUUGAUCUCUCUUUCAACCAACUGGAAAGAAUAAUGAAAGACGACGUUCUUGCGUAUGCCAGUUUGAGGUCUUUGAUUGUGAAUAACAACAGAAUCAAAACAAUCCAGGAAGAUGCCUUUGUCCCGCUGAUUAAUUUGGAGAAACUGGACUUGUCCUUAAACCAGCUGGAUGCGUUGUCCUCCACGUGGUUUAAGACCCUUUUUUCGCUCCAGUACUUAAAUCUUUUGGGAAACAAUUAUACAACAUUGGGUCAAGGCAAUCUUUUCCAGCCACUAAAGAGACUGAAGAUUCUACAUUUCGGAGGACCUUCCCUUCAGUCUGUCAGUAAACUGGAUUUUUGUGGCCUCUUUGGUCUUGAAGAGUUGUAUUUUGAUGGAAAGAAGCUGCAAGUCUAUGCAGAAGGAAGCUUGAGACAAAUUGGACCUAUCAGCCAUGUAACACUUGGUCUAAAUGGUGGGUUUCAGAGAAAUCCAAUGCUCGUACAAACCAUACUGUCAGAUGCUGUGCAGGCAAACACAAUGCUGACAGUCACCGACACACUGUUCAACACAGAGAGUCAAAUGUUUUCUCUUAAGGUGGCCUUAGACCGUGGUGUUAGAAGCCUUACUUUUAAAAACGUUAACAUGUCGAUGGAAGCUUGUUUAGAACUUCUGAAUUUACUUCAAGACUCCAAUGUGACUAUGUUGGCACUUGAAGACGCACAAUUCUUGUUAAGACCUACAAUUGUCAGUGUUGGUCCCCUCUCCCUGGACAACUUGGAGGCUGUUUCCUUCAAAAAUAUUGAUGUAACCUUGUUCUACCGUUUUCCAGCCCUCAAUUUCAUGGAUCGUCUGAUUAACGUGGUGCGAAAGGCAUCUGUAAUAAACUGCAAUGUGUUUGCCAUUCCUUGUGAAUCUUCUGCCGAGCUCACCAAACUUGAGUUUUUGGACCUCAGUGACAACAUUAUCAGUGAUUUUACGUUCCACGAAAUGAUGUGUGGCGGCAACGGUGUCUUUCAGAACCUGCAGACGUUCAACAUCAGCAAAAACAUCCUGCAGACAAUCAACAGCCGGCUCUUCACCAACCUAGAAAAGCUUCAAAACAUCGACAUGAGUAAAAACGCGUUGUACAGUAUGCCUGAGACCUGUUACUGGCCAGCAAAUCUCCAAUUCUUAAACCUUUCUUCAAAUCGUCUACCAACGGCGACACGCUGUCUGCCAGAGAGUUUGCAGAUCCUUGACCUGUCCAAUAAUGAUUUGACUGUGUUCAACAUCGACCUACCGUUGCUCACAGAGUUACACAUCUCUGGCAACAGGAUUGGAAAUUUGCCCACUGGGCAUUCAUACCCUACUCUCAUGUUUUUUUCUAUUAAAAACAACAACUUACAGACAUUCAGCAGUAACGAUCUACACGAUUACAAGCUGCUGAAGCGUCUGGAGGCUGGCGGCAACCCUUACGUCUGCUCAUGUGACUUGGUAGCUUUCAUGGCAAGUGACUUGAUGAAUCACAGGGUUGGAGGUGAGAUAAAGUCCUACAUCUGCGACUCCCCUGAUGCUGUGAGAGGGAGGAGGGUGGCAGAUGUGAGGUUGUCGGUGUUUGAAUGUCACGCGGCUUUAGCUUUUUCUUUACUCUGCUCAGGCAUCCUGGCCCUGGUCCUGCUCUGUGUAGGUCUGUGUUAUCGGUUCAGUGUUGUGUGGUACAUGAGGAUGACCUGUGCCUGGCUGAGAGCAAAGAAGAAGCCAAAGUUAAAGAAGGGAGCGCUGGAGUACGAUGUCUUUGUGUCCUACAGUGAAAUGGACUCCGGCUGGGUGGAGGCGCAUCUGGUCUUGGCGCUCGAGCAAACUGAACCGCCGCUCCGACUCUGCCUCCACAAGAGAGACUUUGUUCCUGGAGGGUUAAUCAUGGACAACAUCAUGGACGCCAUAGAGAAGAGUCACAGAACAAUCUUCAUCCUUUCUCGACAUUUUGUCAGGAGCGAAUGGUGCAAGUACGAACUGGACUACAGCCAUUUUAGAUUGUUUGAUCAAAACGACGACAGGGUUAUUCUGAUUCUGCUGGAGCCCAUCGACAAAAAAAGCAUCCCCAAGAAGUUCUGCAGGCUGCGGAGACUCAUGAACUCCAUGACGUACCUGGAGUGGCCUGAUGAUGAGAAUCACAUCGCUGCAUUCUGGGAAAGUUUGAGAACAGCUGUGACAAGGCCUGAGACUGGCAAUGAAAACAAAGAAAAUGAGACUUGUUUAUAGACUUGGGAUUUAGUUUGCGUCCUUCUUUGCUAGUAUUGUCUGGUAAAGAUCUUGCUUUGGUAAAAUAUCUGUAAUCAAGUAUUUGUUCAGAAUUUGUUCAUGUGUUGUGCCAGUUAUGAUUUAUAGGAAACUUCAAUGAUUUUUCGUUAAAUAAAUCAGCAACAGCAAAACAUAUUUCCUUGAUUCAUUGCACCGUUUCACAGCUUUCACAGCUGUCACAUGCUGUAACUGAAGUCAGUAAAUCUGAAGGUGUCCUGUGUUAUCAGGCUCUAUGACAGCAGCAGCAGAACCUUUACGUUCUGGUAAGUUUUUUGUGUGGAAACAUUGUGUGAAAGUACAGAUAAGACAAAAGGGAAAUCUGAAAAUAAAUAAGCCAACAGAAUAAAUCACUAAAAGGUCACACUGAUGGCUGUUUAAGAAGAACUGGGUGUAUAUAACAUUGUUCGUUUAGUUGAAUUUAGAAAUAUUCCUUAUUCGUCAUGUCAAAAAAUGCAAAUACGCAAAGUCUGGACAAACGACUUGUCCACAUUACUUCAUCUAUUUCUGUUAUAGUCUAUUUCAAAUAUUUUUAUGUUCUACUAGAAUACAAUGUGAACUUACAAUUUCACGCCAUUAUUUAAUUGUAACAAAGAUCUUUAGAAUUACAAAGAUUUCACCUGUCAGCUUAUCAAAGGCAGCAGAUUGACACACAAGACGUUACAUUUAUUUAGUUUGAUGCAAUGCAGGAAAACUCCCAAAUAUUUAGAGCAUAUUUAGAUCUCUCCUAUCACAAACUAUUGACUGUUCUGAAUGCUUUUUUAAAAAAAUAUAUAUAUAUUUUAACCACCAUAGUUUUAAAAAAAGUUGUAUUGUGUUCUUAAUUUGUCAUGUUUAAUCUAAUAAAUCUAACAUAUAU